GAGAAACACGGGUCACUCCAAGUCUCCUGCCUGGCUCUCCAUUUUGUCUCUCUCUCUCUCCGACGCCUCGUUUCACUUCGCUCCGCCUCCUCUGCCCGUUUUCUCCGCCUACUCCUCCCACACCCACACCCACACCCACACCCACAAACUCUAAUAUCUGAGUAUCAUCUUCAUCUUAUAACAGAAGUCCCCAAAAAAGAAGAAAUCUCAUAAAUUUUGAAAUUAAGGUUUUUUUUUUUUUUUUUUCCAUGGAUUUAGAUUCCUACCAAAAUGCAUCAAAUACAGAAAUUCUUAAUUCAUAGCUCAGGGAGAAACAGAACGAGCAUGGAUUCCAGCUCCAGUUCCGGCGGAAGCCGCCGAAAAGCUGCCACCAAGCAGAAGCUGCUGCCUAGACUCCAGCGCCGGAACGCCAAUAAUAACAUCAAUUACGACUUAUGUCCCUCUACGCCCUCAUCAUCGUCUUCGUCGUACUGCUCAUCGGAGGACUCUUCGCUGCGUACUCGGUCGCUUGAAUUGUACAGUGACAAGAAGAGCUUUCGCAUUAACGGGAUUGAUGGUGAAAUUAAAAUUAUCUGCAAUGCGUUGGGGGUUUCUGGAAUAGAUGAUUUUGGGAUAUCUCAGGCGGAAUAUGAGAGCAUGAAGGUCCGAUCCUCUUCUGCUCCUCAUAUGGUUAAUCGGAAAAUAGAAGCUGAUACAAGUAAUAUUGAUGAUGGAGUUAUUGAUGAUGUUGGUUGUAGGAUAAAUGAUGCAAUUAUUAGUGUGAAAAAUGAGGGUUUUAGUGGUAAACGCAGAGUCAGUGAUGGUGUUGACGAAUUAGCAGCGAGGUUACGAGAUAGAGCAAGGGUAAGUGAUGAAAUUUUGAGCGAAAAUAGAAGCAGUGCAUUGAAUGAAUUUUGUGGAAAUGUUAUUAAGGGUGUGCGGCCACCCUUUCUGGCGCCAGUGCCUGCGCUGUCAUUGCCGGUGAUAGAAAACACAUGCUUAAUUCGGAGGAGUGAGGGGCAAGAGGAAGAUAGAGAGGAGGAUAAUAUGAGAAGGAUAGUUAUGAGAAGUGAGAAUGUAAUGCUCUCAGAGUCGCCAUCGUUUACAAUUUCAAACGAUGAUGAUUCUUCAAGUACUACGACGGAGCCCACAUCUAAUAUUUCACCCAAUGGGAGAUUUAGACGCAUUAUUAAGAAUUGGCAGAAGGGUGAGCUCUUGGGUCGUGGAUCAUUCGGAUCUGUGUACGAAGGAAUUGCUGACGGUGGAUUCUUUUUUGCUAUCAAGGAAGUUUCUUUGCUUGAUCAAGGGGAGGAGGGAAAGCAAAGUAUCAUCCAACUAGAGCAGGAAAUUGAUCUUCUCAGUCAGUUUGAACAUGAAAAUAUAGUCAGAUAUUAUGGUGCUACAAAGGAUGAAUCAAACCUCUAUAUCUUUCUUGAGCUGGUUACUAAAGGCUCCCUCUUGAGACUUUACCAGAAGUAUAACCUUCAAGAUUCCCAGGUCUCUUUUUAUACCAGACAGAUUUUACAUGGUUUGAAAUAUCUACACGACAGAGAUGUGGUCCACAGAGAUAUCAAGUGUGCAAAUAUAUUGGUGGAUGCAAAUGGAUCGGUCAAACUUGCAGAUUUUGGCCUUGCAAAGGCUACCAAAUUAAAUGAUGUGAAAUCUUGCAAGGGAACUGCAUUCUGGAUGGCUCCUGAGGUUGUUAGGAGCCAGGGAUAUGGGCAUGCAGCUGAUAUAUGGAGCCUUGGGUGCACUGUCCUAGAGAUGCUAACACGACGUUUUCCUUACUUCAAUUUGGAAUGUUUGCCCGCAUUAUUUAGGAUAGGAAGGGGUGAACGGCCGCCCAUUCCCCAAUCUCUUUCCAGCUGUGCACGGGAUUUUAUCUUCCUAUGUCUACAAGUUGACCCAAAUGCACGGCCUACUGCUGCCCAGCUUUUGGACCAUCCUUUUGUGAAGCGAACACUUCCAUCAUCUUGAUGCUCGACAUCUCCCACAAUAUUGGGCGGUGGAUUCAAGAAGCAAGUUUUUAAGCUCUGGUCUUAAAUUUUCAAUUUUGUGGGACUUUAUUCUCAAGAUUGCAGUUUGUUGGUGAACCAGAUCUCGGUUUCCACUCAACAUUUGGAAACUUUUUGGAUUAUUUCACUGCACAAGGAAUUGCUUUAAAGAUUUGUCUUCAUGUUCUUAUCGAAGAAAAAGUAUUACUUUUACCACAUGAUUCUUGUAUUAUUAUUAGUGUGUAGUUUUUCCGCCGUAUGGUAUGUAGUCUAAUUUAUUUGCAGCAGGAGUGGUAGUAUAGGAUGAAAUAUUUGUACACUGUACAUAUUUUUAUUUGUUCCUGCAAGAACAGCAUUCGAUUGGGAAAAAAAUUAAUGGUUGCUCUUUGGUGAAUAUUACU